AUGGCGGACCCACCCACGGGAGGGCCCGAGCCCCCUCCCACAAACACCCAAGAAACCCAAGCCAGCUUCUCAGUUGAAGACUUCCAGCCUCGAGUAUCGAUCGAUGCAGGCCAAAUCAUAGGGAAAAGAACGAGAAAUGGCGAAGCUUACACACCCGCCGAGGGCACAGGCCGGAUUACCACCAGAGAGGUGUGGAAGCUCGUCGACAACCUCAAGGAUAUCAUCCAUCGCCAAACCACGCUCAUCGAAUCCACCAAAGCCGACCUAGAAGAGGUCAAGCACGACCAGAACGUCCUCCGAGAACAGAACGACAGGCUUCAUGAAGAAGUCAGGGCCCUAAGAGCACAAAUCGAAACCAGCCCACAACCAAACCCGCCUAGAACUUGGGCAGCGAUAGCAGCCAGCGGUACCCGUGACCCGCAACUAAGCCUCCAACGACCCGAAAAUGACCGGAACUGCGUCCGCAUUAGCACACAGAGAUCAUCAGUAGAUCCGAGAGAUAAUGAGACUAGAGAAGGGAACAGUUUCGGGAGGUACCUCUCUACCGACUCGGCUAACACCUAUAUCCGCUCAGCGCUGUUAAGCGUACCCUCGACUCAAGACGCACAAGUUGCCGGCAUUGGUACCACGAAAACGGGAUACAUGUAA